AUGACACAGUCGGCUAAUAUUGGCCAUGGCACUGCGAGGCCCUACAUCGGAAAGUCAAGACAAUUCAAGCGGUCUAGAACCGGCUGUCUUAACUGCCGACAUCGAAAGAAGAAGUGCAGCGAGGAGAAACCACAAUGCCGCGGCUGCAGUCGGAAUAAUCUCCACUGCGCUUGGCCACAAGACGUGAACGAGAAAGCUAUCACGCCUCCGCCUCUGCCCAAGAAUCCCAUAGCCAGCACAGAUGAGAGGCCGUCACCCGGUCAUUACAUCACAACCACGGCUUCCAUGCUUCCAAUGCCCCUCAAGGGGAACCCGUUUCUCUCGGAAAUCAUCCCCAUUGCUUCAGUGGACGACAUGGUAAUGCACGGUGUGUUGGUCAUUAGUGGAGCACACAUGAACUUUGGGAACAUGUCCUCCGGGCCUAUUGGCGAGGCAACCCUAGACCAUUACAGCACGUUAAUUCGUCAACUCGUCAUCGAGGUCUCGGACCAUAAAGGUUCCUGUGUGAACAAGCUGGCCCGGUUGCUGCUUGUCCUGGUGAUGUUGUGUCACUUCGAGGCUAUCUCUGGAGAAACAGACGGAGCAAUGUUUCGCCAUCUUGGUGCGAGCCGAGAGAUAAUUGCCGAGAUAGAAAGUCGUCAGCCGGCAGAACCCUUGGGAUCUGAUUCAGAGACUCUUUAUGUUCUUGGCCUCGAGCUAUACGCCUAUCUCAUCUUCGUGAACUGCCUCACUCCGUACGGCCUGCUUCAAGAGCGCCAGUUCUCCCUUGACUCUUUCAUCACCUCACCCAGCAGCCUGGCUAGCUACAGCACGUUUGGGAUCAUGUUCGCUGGUCUCCAUGAUCUCUUUGCGCUGAUACCACAGAUAUCACUGCUAUUUCGUGAUCGACUGAUCGAGCAAGAGUCCGGAAUCAUCGAACCCUCAAUUGCUUGCGUUGAGUUACACACUCAACUGGAGCGAUGCCUCAAAGACUGGAAUCUCUCUCAAAACGAUCUGGUUUCGCGAUUCCCAACCGAUGACUGCAACCGUGACCUGAGCAAAGUUACCAAGGUCCUUCAGCUGGGUAUCAAGAUAUACCUGAUCGCAUCCAUGCAAGGGUCAUCCGUAGUAAAUCCAAAGAUUGUCUGCCAACUUCAGAGUUAUGUCGAUGACAUCCUAGACUUAGGACUUGAUUUACACUACUCUCAAUGGUCCUCAAUACUGCUGUGGCCUAUUGUCAUUUCUGGUUCUUGUUCUAUCCAAAGACAGCAGCAAGAACAUCUUGCAAAGGCUUUACGAGAAUCUAAAUACCUCAAUGGUCGGAAGGGUGGUAGGAGGAAAAAGACUAACAAGGUCGACCCGACAAUUAUAGCAUAUACAUUCACGACCCAGCCUAAUAUCAUUGGGAGACGGAAUGCCCUAUCGUGUGGUAAGUACCGAGUGCCUCGACGUCUACAGAUAAGCAAUACUAGAGGUAUAAUAAAUGAUAGUAGCUGA